GCACGCAUCGCACGCUAUUAGCUGUCAGCGAAAGAUUGACUUCGCAACGGACAUAGCAAGCGGAAUGGAGUUUCUGCAUAGCUCGGAACCACCUCGAAUUCAUUGCGACCUCAAGAGCUCCAAUCUCCUGGUGACGAGCAAGUGGAAAGUGAAAAUAGCGGACUUUGGCAUGCUACGUCUUCUAUCGACUAUCGACUUCUACGGCAGAAUGGACCCUGAGGAGAACCUAGUGGCAAACACCGCAGCAUGCGCCCCAGGCUUUAACCACGUUACCAUGCCAAUACCUAGACCUUUCACAGCAACACCAGACGGUCCAGAGGAAAAGCACGAUACGGAGCCACUUCUUAUCUGCGCUCAACGCGCAGAACAUUCAGAUUUGCAGCCGCAGGUAGUCGCUGACUGCAGGAAUCACGCUGCUACUACUAGUAUGCGUGUGGAAGGCACUGCCGGCUUGACACAGGCCAUGGGCACGAGUCGAUGGUGUUCGCCGGAAACCCUGACUGACGGCGUCUUUGAUGAAUACACAGAUGUGUACAGCUACGGCGUGGUGCUCUGGGAAAUUCUUACCCACGACAAACCGUACAAUGAGCAAGAUGACGAGAAUGAUGUGAUACGUGGCAUCAAGAAUGGAGAGCGCCUUCCCCUGCCUCCGGGGCAAGAGCUCUACGAACUUAAGCGGAUAACUGAGGACUGCUGGAGCAAAGAAGCAAAGAGUCGACCGUUGUUUCCGGAGAUUCUGGGCCGCCUCAACCUGGCACGAUGAAGUUACAGUUUCACCCAUUUAUCAUUCAGCACUGGAAUUGCAAUGGCAGUUGUAAAGCUUGUGCCCACACGGUUAUGCCGUCAAUACAGGUACUGCUUUGCAUCAUCUACACAGCUGAAGGUGGUCUCUGAAAGCUACGUCGCACUAGCGGUCGGAAGACAAUUUGUGCAUUUCUUCAAGGUCUGAUCAUUCUAUCGCACCGGUCUAAGUGCUACAUAUGCAUAUGUACAUAAUGCCAGAAGGUUGUUUAUAUCCAUAACCAUCGCCAGCUAACUAGUCUUACUAGAACAGUACGCACGCAGAAGUCUCUUGUGUUCUUGUGGUCCACUUUCACAACAACAACAACAACAACAACAACAACACACGAACAUACAUGUACAUGUAGAAGUCUAUGGUAUUAGCACGGUCGGGUGGCUUGGCAAUGACACGCACUUUCCUACGUUCUUCGGCCGUUGGAAACCGUACCAUUCUUGCCAGUUCAUUCUCAGAAUUCAUUCUAUUAUUCUAUUCUGUCAUUCUAUUUUCUGUAAUCACAUUUUCAUUCCUGGCCCUCCGGGGUGUAUCUCCUGUCGUAUUUUCAAGGUCGCCUCCUGCUCGCCUAGUAUACAAUGUACUUGUGCAUGUACAUGUACAUGUACAUCAGAAAUAAUAGGACACGUAUGAAUUCAAGAAAAAAUAAUAGCUUCUACCAAAAUGAGUGUGGUAGCGAAAUUUCUCAAGACAAUUGUAUAGCCGGUGGUAUUGCGCAUGUGCGAACGUUACGUACUAGUACUUCACGUUUGAACUGUCUUUUCCUCUUUCUAUUGAUGUGUUGUUGUCUCGGAUUACUUCGAGUUCGACAUGGAAUAUUGAAAUCCCCUUCUUUGUUAUUCUCACCAAUCAGUACACGCAUACACAGCGAUGAUUUUUCCUUUGUAUAUUAUUUUCUAUUUCAAGUUGAACAUGCCUUACGGCUUUACCUCAGCAGAGUGAUGCUGCAUAUCCGCCGUCUGUUAAACCAUUUUUAAACAUUGAUUUUCACUUUGGUACAAUGCUGCUGAAGUACAGUAUUCGUUUUAGAUUUUAAGCAUUUAAUUAACUGCAUUUCGCCAAAUCUUGAUAGAGUCGCAAAUUCGCAUGAAUUCGGAGCAUAGCCAGCAGAUAUGCAACACAAUCAUUUUACAAGUA